ACCAAGUACACGAAUGAACUGAGUACAAGUGGUGUUUUCAAAUAUACAUAUGUUUCUUGUGGUUUGCGCGGACAUCACAUAUUUCUUCAGUGAUGGUACAAGGGUCUCCGACAGAUAACGGAGCCUGGAGAUGGGUUGUAGUUUUUGGUGCAUUCAUUUCGCACUUCAUAACUUGUGGCUUUGAGAAGGGAUAUUCGAUCAUUUAUGUCGAAAUCAUACGGGUAUACGGUACAAGUGCUGCGAUGGCAGCAAGUCUCGGAGGUUUCGCAUCAGCAGUUCGUUUACUAUUAGCCCCUUUGUCGGUUUCAUUAAGUGAUAUUUAUUCUGAACAGAAAGUAGUAAUGGCCGGUGGGAUACUAACGUUUCUGGGUCUGCUCAUAUCAGCAUUAAGCGACCAUUUCGCCCUUGUUUUCAUCGGAUAUGGAGUUAUAUUUGGUAAACUCGAUAAAUAAUUAAACUACUUUAGGUUUCGGAUUAACUCUCACAUUUACACCCUCACUAGUCAUAUGUACAUAUUACUUUCACGAACGUCGUGCUACCGCUCUCAGUCUUUCUCUAGCUGGAUGUGGCUUUGCCACAAUGAUUUUGCCGUAUUUUUUCUACUACUUGAUUUCUCAAUAUGGACUCUCUGGAGCUCUGAUAAUGCUUUCUGCGUUCAGUUUGCAUUAUUGUGUUGCUGGUGCUUUAUACUUCAAAAGGACUUCGUAAAAGAGACUGCUGAAUCCAAAUUUGACUCAGAGAAUGACAAAUUGACUUUGCGCUCGCGAGUCUCCAGGUAUCUCUGCUUGCUAUUGAGGAUCAAAAUUGCAUCUGGAGUAUGGGUGAAGCUAUUUUUAUUUUCAUUCAUCUUGAACAUGAUGGGCUCAGGCCCAGUCACAACCCUAUUAAUCGAUUAUUCGAAGCAGCUAGGGGUUAUCGGCGCUCAGUCAGUACAAUUACUUGCUAUUGAAGGUACAGUACAGUUGGUGAUGCGAAUAGCUCUGGGAUUCAUUUUCGAUUAUCGUUUCAUAAAACCUCAUAGAGGUAUUAUAUGGACUGGAGGAAUAGCAUUUUCUUCUGUAAUAAUUAUCUUUAUUACAUUUGCCUCUCAAUUGAAGUAUUUGUCCGCUCUUAUGUUUUUGCGAGGGUUAUUUUUGGCUCUUUAUAUCUCUCAGCAAGCUGUAGUUUUAUCGGAUUUAUGUGAAGGACAACCAGAAACAACGAGUCAAACAAUUGCUAUUGCACAAAUCUGCAAAGGAUUAGGAACGUUGAUUGGAUCUUACUUUUCUGGUCUAAUCAAAGAUUAUACUGAAGAUUAUCGUCCUGCCUUUAUUUUCCUUGGUAUAAUGCAAUUCAUUGGUUUUAUCACAGCGAUUACUUCCAUUAUGUGGGCGCGAAUGAAUUUACGUAAAGAAAAAUAUUUACUUGCUGCUGACAAUUUAUUAUCUAAUACUAGUGUUGCAAAUGUUUCAGAAGCUUCAUUAUCACAACCGGUGUUAAAUGAAAAUAAAACCUCAAAUAAUAAUCAACUUAGUCCUUCUUCAUCUCCUCUCUUUAUCCAUAAGGAGAUUAAUGAAACACGUACACUUCAAAAUCCUAAAAUAUGAUUUUUUUUGGUAAUAAGAUGUCUUCACUUCUUACACUAUUCAAGAUGGAGUAAUCAUUUAUCAACCUAAAACAGAUCUGUAUAUGUAUAUAAACAUUUUAUUUCUGUUUAUAACAAACUGUUGUGUCAAUUUUAUAGAUUAUGCAGAGUAUUUCUUCAUUUUCGAACGCUAUUCUUACACUAUUACUCAACUAUUUGUUUAUUAUCUUUUUUCAUUUUCUCAUACCCAGUUAUCUUUAACCGAUAGUACCAUAUGUAUAUAUCCUUUAAUUUAUCGACAAGUCAACUGAUAAACAAUCUGAGCAAUUUUUCUUAUGAUGAACUAUCGUGUAACUAUUCAUUUCACUGACUUUGUUUAUUCUUACAGGUGUAGUAAAAUUGUACCAGAUGCAGUAGCUGUACUGCUAAAAAACACUCAUCUAUUGAC